CGCCACAGGAUCAUUCAUCCUCACCCAACGCAACACAGCCAUCAAUCAAUCCAUCCAAUAUGAAACAAGCAGAACAAAAACAUACAAAAUGAAUGCAGCACUUCACAGUAUGCUGCCUGAGGACUACCCCUGGUCCGGUCGGCGUCUGGGUCGGUGUGCUGUGGUCGGCAGCAGUGGGAUUUUAAAAAACAGCAGCUGUGGACGUGAGAUUGACAGCACAGAUUUCGUCAUACGGUUUAAUUUGGCAGUGAUUAAUGACAGUGAUGUUGGGCUGAAGACGGAUCUGAUAACCAUCAACCCCAGUCAGAUCCGAUACAAAGACAUGGAGAAGAAUCCGGAUCCGUUGGUGGAGCGGGUCAGUGUGUACGGAAACGCCUCCGUCAUUAUUCCUGCCUUCGCCUACACCUUCUGCACAUCAGUGUCAAUCAAAGUGCUCAAAGUCCUCCAGCCAAUCAGACCUCAUCAGCCGGUGGUGUUCUUCAGCCCCUCUUACCUGCGGUCACUGGACCGGUUCUGGAAGGGGCGUGGCCUGCGGGGAACGCGCCUCUCCACUGGGUUUAUGCUAAUCAGCACUGCACUGGAACUGUGUGAGCAUGUUCACGUUUACGGAUUCUGGCCGUUCGGCAGCGACCUGCAGGAUCAGCCGAUUCCAUACCAUUAUUACGACCUGAAUCGUCCGCACCCCUACAUGCACAAGAUGCCGGAGGAGUUUGUGCGACUACUGCAGCUCCACAGCCAGGGGGCGCUGACACUGCACCUGCUGCCCUGCGACUCACCAGAGACGGAUCGAGAAAAUAAUUUAUAUACUGUGUGA